AUGGAAAUGUUGGAUGUGUAUUUGAUUCGUCAUGGACAGACGAAUUGGAAUUUAGAAAGAAAGUUACAAGGUCAUAAUGACAUUCCACUCAAUGAGUUGGGUGAAAUGCAAGCUCAAGAGUUAUGCGAAACUUUCCGAAAGGUUACGAAACCCUUUUCUGCAGUUUACUGUUCAGACAUGUUACGUGCCAGAAAAACAGUUGAAAUUGCCUUGAAAGACACUCCUCAUCAACACAUUCCGAUAUUAGAAACUGAACUAUUGAGAGAGAAAUUCAUGUCUCAUUGGGAAGGAAAAUCAUUUGAGGAAAUUAGAGAAAUUGAGGAAGAUUUUCAUCACACUUGGAAUUCCAAAGACGAAUUUCUCUCAUUCAAAUGUGAUCCUAAAGCGGAAUGUCAUACUGAAGUUUAUGCAAGAUUAAUGAAUUUCGUCCAAAAUCAAGUAUUUCAUAAGAAUGUUGGCGAAACUGUAUUAUUCUCAACACAUGCAGGAGUUAUUGGUACUAUAUUAUAUCAUUUGGAUUUUAAGGCUGGUUAUGAUUGGCAUGUUCCAAAUUGUACUUGGAUUAAGGUUAGAAUUUCCAAAGAAGGAAAUGUUAAAAUUUUGGAUAAACAUCACAAAGUUAGACAAGAAUUAAGAAAGGAUGAAUAA